CUUAGUCGCGAUACCUCCACCGAUCCAGAAGACUUCUCCUGGAUCAAAACCUGGGCUGCCGUCGGCGACAGCUUCACAGCCGGCAUUGGAUCGGGGAAUGUGUACAGUUCCAAGAGCGAUGACAAGUCCUGCUCGCGCUAUGACUACUCAUACCCGGCCAUCAUGAACCAGUUCUUUGGUGGCUCCGUCAGUAACUUCACCUAUGCCGCCUGCUCAGGUGCCACGUCUGUGGAUAUUGCCAGCCAGAUUGAGGGUCUGUCAUCAGGGCUGGACUUUGCAGUGAUGACAGCUGGAGGAAACGAUCUUUGCCUAACCAGCAUCAUCACCAAGUGCAUCCUGAACUCGGUCACCAGCGAAUCCACCUGCCAAAAUGCCAUGAGCUCCGCACAGACAGCCAUUGACAGCAUCCUGCAAGACAAUGUCGCCUCUCUCCUGACGGCGCUGGACGCGAAGAUGGCCAAGGACGGGAUCAUCGUCCUGGCCGGCUAUGCGCAGUACUUCAACAACGAGACCAGUGACUGCACCAACAAUCAAGACUGGGUGUUUCCCGGCCAGGCCGGAAGUACCAGUCUCCUCCUGAGCACCGCGCACCGCACCAGCUUCAACACCCUCGUCCAGAACACCAACGCCAAACUACAAGCGGCUGUGGCCCAGGCCGCCAAAUCCGCCAGCUCGACCAUCGUCUUUGCCGACUGGGACGACUGGGGCGCCGCAACCAGCGGCCGCUUCUGCGAGUCGGGCUCUUCGCCAGACCCCGAAGACUCCAGCAACGAUAAUGUUCUCUUCUUCAAGCUCCCCACUUACAAGACCUUCAACCCGGGCACCAUCUACAGCCGAGACUUCUGGGACUCGUCCUCUAUGCUCGAGAUCUCCUCGGCAAACACAACCACCACCUUUGAGCAAGAACAAAAGAAGGCAGAAGAGUACGCUCAGCUUCUAGAAUGGGCCAGCGAGCCCCUCGUCAAGCGCGACUCGUCUCCGACUGCCCCAGCCUGUACCAAAUCCUCCCUCUCAAGCCUACUUCCCGACGGCAUUGGCAAAAUCUUCCACCCCAACAACAUCGGCCACGAAGCGCUUGCUUCCUACGUUACCUGGGCGAUUGCCAAUGCGCGCGCCAAGAUCUUGAAGGUCGCCUCGCCCGCCUGCACAGCCGUCAACGAAAUCAAGUGCUUCCAGACCACCGGGUCAAAGGGCUACGCAAGCGCCUACUCUCUUUACUCCAACACGGAGGCCUUCUGUAAGGCCGCCGUGCCGGAACUCAACUCCAAAGGCGUCGGUCACCAGGUCAGCCUCACCUACAACGCCAAAACGCCCGACGAGUCCGUGUGGACGGUGACGAUGGACUCGGGGGCCACGUCUCUUGACGAAGCCUCCUGCAACGCUGCCGUCAACCGUAUCUUGGACGGCUGCGACGGGAACGACCCCAAGAACCCGAUGAACUGGAAGUUCGGGGGCAACUAUGUCAACGGCGCCUUUACGUACAACAUCGCCAUGUCGCGCACGAACAGGCCGUAUCCGGCGCCGACGGCACCUUCGGCCAAGUGCCAGGGGCGGUAUAAGGCUGUGUUGACGCGGUAUAAUAUUCGCGGGGCUGGGUGGGCAACCUGGGACUCCGGGCAGAAGACGCUGCGGCCGAAUAGCACGCAUUGCUUCGGGAAGGGCUUAACGGGGUGGUCAUUCAAGUACUUCGAUGAGCCGGAUGAGAACGGGUAUGAGUGGCUGGCCAAGUUUAACUCGCCGAUCUGGACGGAGGCGAGGUGUUAUUCUAAUAAUAAGGUGCAGAAGGCGGCGGGGGGCCCCACUGAUGAUGGGUGU